CUUUGCAACGAGUGGUAACGGAACAAUUCAAGCUCCGGCGGACUAAGGAUUUCGUGCCUGCAGAGAUAUUCGACUAACAGCAUAACUCGGGAUCAAUUCGACUGUAUCUGAGCUCCGAAGUUCAUUGGAUUUAUGAUGCCUGGAUAGGCGCAGUGGGAAAAUAAAGUGUGCUACGAAUUCGUGAAGAAAGGAUAUGUCAGUGAUAAUUAGAGUGCGCUUGUACGAAAUUUGCUAAAAGUGUUUCCCAGAUGGAUAUCAUUCAUCCUGGAUGUUGAGUUGUCCGAAAGAGUUUUUUUUUUUGAGAAAGUGAUAAUCGAAUUGUACGAUAAGUCGAAGGAGAAAACCUUAACAGUGGAAAACAAGUGUCCAGUCUGUGCGAUCAAAUUUUCCAGUUCAAUCCAGUGAAUAGUGCUUCCUAGUGCCAACCAAACAUGGGACGAUUGAUCCUGUUCGUGUGCUUCCUGAUAACAGGUGUGUUGUCGCAAGGAUUCCUGCAGCCGCCACCCUUCAGACCGUUUCAGCCGCAGCCAAAACUGCAACGACGGCAACUCACGCAGCAUCAGCAAUCACACAUCCUCAGCGACAUCCAGCAGCACCAACAUCGGUUCAAUUUGCACCAGAAUCAGCGCCCCCAGAAUGUAGUCAUCCAACCAUCGAUCCAGUUGCCAAUUCCUCCGCAACCGAUCAACCAGCGGCCAUUUCCAAACGUGAACAACAACCUUUUCCAAGCGAACCCACCACCGUUCAACAACAAACCAUUAUCCCCUCAAGUGCCACCCAACAAUUUCAGACCACAUCAAUCAAGCAGACAACAACACAACGGCUUCGGAGCACAACAAGAAACACGACACCCACCACCACCACCACCACCACAACCACAACUUCCACAACCAUCACAACAACAGCAUAGACCGGGUUCAAACACGUUCCAACAACCUCAACAGCAAGUCUUCAACGGACCCCAAUCCAACAAUCAACAUUUCGGAAACAAUGCCUUCAAUGCAGAUGGUCCAUCAUUCAGUGCAUCCCGAUUACCCGAAACACGCCCCCCAAAUCCUUCUGUACAAAAUGCCUUCCUACAGCCACCAUCAUUCCCUGCACAACAAACCUCCGCUUCACAGAUACGUUUCCCUACGAAUGUUCAAGCCCCGCAAGCACAAGCUCUUUUCCAAGCUCCACCACAACAAGCAUUUCCACCCAACCAACAAACUCCUCACUUCAAUCAAGCCAUUGUACAGCAACCUUUCGAUAGCAACCACAUCCGCUCCGAAGUUGUUCCCCUUGCCCAACAACCACUACAGACAUCGAACUUCAAUCCAUUUGCUGCUCAACAAAACCAGCAACAAUUCAACAAUUUCCCACCAGCUCAAAAUGUGCCAGUCUUCGCUCCGGCACAAGUUCUCAACUCCCAGCCAGGAGUGUUCCCUCAAAUACCGCAGUUGAAUCAACAUCAACAAUCAUUCGCUAUCCAGAAUCAGCAGCAGCAGCAACAACUUCAACAACUAACAUUCCAGCAACAGCAAGAAUUCGAAAACCGGCUUAAGGAAGAGAGCGUACGAAUUCGAGAUCUUCAAGAACGGCAAAAAGUUAUCCAAAAACACGAACAGUUCCUGCAGAAGCAAUACCAGAAACAGCAAGCGAAAGUCCAACAACUGCACCAAGAAUUUAUCAAGAAACAACAGAAACAGCAAGAUUACGAAACGAUUAGAAAAACUCCCGUAGCAGGAAGUCAAAUUGUUUCCGCUGAACGAACGCCGUACGAUAAAGCGACCAAAGCCCACCAAGUUCAAACCAAACUUAAUCCAACUACCGCUUCAUCGAAUCUGUCACCUUCGACAACCGAACGCAGCCUGUCGGUACUUCCGCUGAAGACGAACAACAAAAAAGAUUAUAGUACAAUUUCCAAAACCGAUCUGGAUGCUCUGCUACAGUCCAAUCGCCAGAACCUAUUCCAAAACGUUAAAAACGAAGCGGCAAAACCAACCAAAACUAGACCAACGAAAACAAAAUCCACAAAAGCUCUGGGACGUGAUGAACUACUGAAACAACUGAAAGCUGCACUGGAAGAACAGGGCCACCAGGAUCUCGGAAGCAAGAACUUCAGCAGUACCGAUAUCGUACUGCCGAACGGAGAAAAGGUACAGGUAAUCCGAACCUCUGAUCCCGAUAUUAUAAAGCGUGCCAACGUGAACUCAGAAGCUGUUUUAACACAUCAAGCCGAUUCACCGACCACUUCCAAACCGCUCUCUUUCGAUGAUAUAGCGAAAAGUGGAAUUCUCCCACCUGGAGCCGACUUCGAACUGAUCAAACAAAGCGAAGACGGACAGAUUGAGGAGGUGGCAAAAAUACCGCCUCAGAAAAAGGUCACUUUUGUUUAUUUGGAAGAGCAAGAUGAUGGAUCGUACAAGGUGCAAGGUGUUAAAGGAAGCAAUGACAAGGAAACUAAAACAUCCGGUGCGGACGUAGAUAGUAUUUUGAAAAGGAUCAAGAAUGGAGAAAUACAGCUGCCGCCUCCAUCGAACAAAGCUCUAAAAGUACCAAUCAUUGUAGAGAAUCCGUCUACGACCACCACGCAACGAAUUGUUCCCGUACAAAAAGCCAGUUCAGUUACAAUUAUCCCACACAGCACUCCACUCGAAACGCAUCACAUGGUCAACUUCGUAGCAGACCAUAGCAUUCCUCGCACAGUUUCGUCUCCUACUUCAACGACCUAUGUAUCAACUGCCUCUCCGUCUAGCCCAAGUUCCGUUACUGCAUACUCGCCAAGCACCCAUUCAGGCAGUACAAUUCACCAAUCCUCGCCAAUCGUUUCCACUCAAUCCACAAUCCCUAGCUACUAUCACAAUGAUAACACUAUCCACUACAAUGGAGUAAGUUCAACGUAUCCUACCAGCACUUCGGCUCCAACUGUUGCUCCCAUCCCAGUGUCCACAACCGCCCAAUACGGCGGCUCAACGCGAUCCGAAAACUAUAUUUCAUCCUCAACAUUAGCACAGCAAACGGCCAGUUCCAACGUGUAUCAACAGCAGGUCACCGGAAAAUUCGAUGCAGUGAGUCCGACCGCUUCCACACCGGAGUCAACCGUGACCGCGCAGAACGUCUAUCAGCAGCAAAAAUCUGAGCAGUCGCUUCCGCUGGUUCAGCAACAGCUGCAAUUGCAACCGCAACCGCAGCCGCAACAACAACAACAAGAACAACAAUCAGCCCAAUCGACUUCGUCACUCACGAACGAACUGCCAGUAAUUCUUAGGAAAAACGGACUAUUUGCGAUGGCCAAAUACCUCCGACAGUCUGGCUUAGAUACGAUACUAAACGAAACCGGUCCGUACACGAUCUUCGUGCCAACGGACAAAGCUUUCCGAAGUCUCCUGGUGCAGCUGGGAGGACCGGAGAAAGCCGAGGAGAAAUUCAAGAACAAUCCGCGACUGCUCAGUGGGCUUCUGCUACAUCACGUUAUCCCAGGAUCGUUCGAGAUCGGAACACUACAAGACGAAAUGACCGGAGUUUCGCUGGCCGGAACACAGCUGCGGGUAAAUCAGUACAACAUGCAUGAUUCGGAGUGGAACGAUGUCAAGGUUACGACAAUCAACGGUGCCAUGAUCGUUCCCGACAAGCAAGAUAUUGUAAUUCCUCAAGGCAUUGCGCAUGCCGUAGAUCGAGUAAUGUUCCCUCUGCCAGUCGGUGACAUCCUACAAACGCUUCAGUCCGACCGAGAACGAAGAUUCACUCACUUCCUGCGGGCAUUGUAUGCAUCGGGAAUGUCCGAUACACUACAGAACAAAGGUAUCAAAACGUAUACAGUAUUCGCCCCGACCGACGCAGCCUUUGCCAACUACUCGACGGACGAACUGAACAAACUAGUCACGGACAAGGAUCAAUCCGAAGAAUUGGUCAAAAAGCACGUGAUUCCAGGAACACUGUUCACCGCCGGUAUGAGGUUCUACCAGGUCAAGGAUGCCAUGGCUGAGGGUAAAACGGUGACGUUACAAAAAAGUGGAGGAAAAAUUAAAAUCAACGAUGGUUACCUGCAGACGUCAAACAUCCCCACUACGAACGGUGUGAUACACGCUGUCGAUUCACUGCUGUAAAACUGUGCCUAUUUCCAGCAUCAACGAUCCUUCCUUCAUGCCACCUCUUCCACCCGCAAAACUGUUACGGGCAGAGGUGACCCUCGACAAAUAAAAAACCACCUAAUUUUCCGAAAACUUACGCGAAAAUUAUCAGUGAACGAAUAAUCACACACUGGUCUAUCCAUUUUGAUUUGAAAGACUAUUUAUUAACAGCGAAUUAAAUUCGAAUCUCUAUAUUUUUCAAACAGAAAUUGACUGCAAAUCUUGAGCCAAUUUCUCGUUACGGAUGGUCAUAGAGAGUAAUAACCUUUAGGUCAAAAAAUGAAAACGAACAAAUAACUGUUAAAUUUGUUGGAACGAUGUCACAAUCGUUUAAAACCGUAUUCGUAAGUGGCAAUGUUAAUUUAUUAUUAAGUGUAGUUAUUAGUUUCUAAGCAAUUUUAAGGCCAAUCUUGUACAUACAGUUCUCUAAAAUGUAGUUGUAAUAAAACA